AUGUGUUCCCCACCCGGGUGUCCCUCCUCCUUCUCCCCAUGCGUCAGCGCUCUGGAGGCGGCUUUUCCUGCACAGACACGCCGUGCUCUGGCCACGCUGACAGCUCUGCCUGCGCACCGCCUCUCCUGCUCCUUUCCCCGGACAAACUGUAGCCCAAACAACCGCAAAAAGCACCCAAAACACGCAGUCUAUCUGUCCACCCCCCGCGGGAUACCAGGUUAA